CUGGAUCCUCUUUUCUCCAAACCCUUGGUGCUUUUUAGCUUCAUAUUCCCACAAAUUUCUCUCUCUGGCCUUGGUUUCUCUCUUUUCAUGUAAAGUGAAUCCUAACUUUUACAAGUCUGAAACUCUAUCAAGUAAUCUGGUGUGAAAAGAGUAAUCGAUUUUGGAACUAGUGGGAAAUUGCGAAAAUGGCAUCGGGUAAUUUCGAGGAUGAUGCUGAGAGAACCGUAUCAAUCAAAGAGUAUAUCGAAAGCAUGGACGCGGAAGAGCUGGAGGCUGAUUUGGUGCUGGGUGGAGAUGCGGGAGAUGAGUGUACUUACCCAAAGGGUUACAUGAAAAGACAGGCAAUUUUCUCAUGCAUUACAUGUAACCCUGAGGGGAAUGCUGGAGUUUGCACUGCUUGUUGCUUAUCUUGUCAUGAUGGCCAUGAGCUUUUGGAGCUCUGGACUAAGAGAAAUUUCCGAUGCGAUUGCGGGAACUCAAAGUUUGGAGCUUUUGCGUGUAAGCUUCUCCCGAGCAAAGAUGUAGAAAACUCUGAGAAUUCUUACAACCAUAACUUUAAAGGCUUGUACUGCACCUGCGACCAACCUUACCCUAACCCAAAUGUGGAAGAACAAGUGGAGAUGAUUCAGUGUUGUAUCUGUGAAGAUUGGUUUCACGAGGAGCACCUCGGUUUCAAACCUUCAGACAGUGUUAGUAGCCAGAUUCCAAUGGAUGAGGAAGGAGAGCCGAUUUAUGAGGAUUUUAUUUGUCAAAACUGCUCCCCAGUUUGUUCGUUUCUGACACUUUAUCCCGAGAAAUUGUGGGUUGCUGCUCAAGUAGAUUCCACUGGUUCUGCUAGUGCUUGUUCAGACACUUCCGAGUUAAAGAAAAACCCUACAGCUGCUGAACCUGGCCAGCCUGAGAACAGUAAUGGAACCGGAAAAUCUGUUUUGAGAGAAUGUUCUAUCGACUCUGAAUCGGUUCGUGCCACUGGUUGUGCUAUUGCGACGGAUCUAAACUUGUGUUCUGAGUUUGAGAAGAAACCGCUGUUUUUGACCAAAAACUGGAGGGAUAUGUUAUGCAAAUGCGAAAAGUGCCUUGAGAUGUACAGCAAGAGAAAGGUAAGCUAUUUACUUGAUGCAGAGGACACGAUUGUUGAAUACGAGAAGAAGGCGAAAGAGAAGAGAACAGAGAAACUGGAGAAACAAGAAGGUGAAGCACUUGAUCUUCUGAAUAAUCUCGACCAUGUAGCUAAAGUUGAGAUCCUUCACGGCAUCAAAGACUUCAAAGAAGAACUCUGCGGUUUACUGGAGGCUGCUGGGCCGUCAAAGGUGAUAACACCUGCAGAUAUUGAGCAAAUGUUUUCAAAUCUGAAAAAUAAACGCAGAAAGAUGGAGUGAUUCAAAAAGUCAAUGAUGAGUGAAGCUUAUGAGGUUUAAGGUAAUAAAGUCUUUCUUUCCACAAUCUCAUGUUAACUUGCUUUAGUUGUUGUUUGUUGGGUUUGAAAUGAGGACUCAGGAGGUUCCUCUGCUCUUUUCUGUCUUUUGUUCCUAAGUUAUGCAAACGACUUUGUACUUUAGUGUAUGGAGUUUGUACCUUAUGUGUAACAAACAGUUAUGACUAUUAGUACUAUAAAUAAGCUACUAAUUCUAUAA